GCUGUAAUAAACUAACGUUGUGUGAAUGUUCCAGCUGUAAUAAACUAACGUUGUGUGAAUGUUCCAGCGUUCCAGACUCCCAGCGGCAUGCCGUACGGCACGGUGAACCUGCUGAGCGGCGUCAGUCCCACAGAGACGCCCGUCACGUGCACGGCCGGCGUGGGAACCUUCAUCCUGGAGUUCGCCACGCUGAGUCGCCUGACGGGAGAUGCCACGUUUGAGAAGGCCGCCCGCCAGGCCCUGCGAGCCCUGUGGAAGACCAGAUCUGACAUCGGGCUGGUGGGGAACCACAUUAACAUCCUGUCUCUGAAGUGGGUUGCCCAGGACGCUGGUAUCGGAGCGGGGGUAGACUCGUACUUUGAGUACCUGGUGAAAGGAGCCAUCAUGCUGCAGGACGAAGAGCUGCUCAACAUGUUCCUGGAGUAUGACCGAGCCAUCCAGAACUACACCCGCUUUGACGACUGGUACCUCUGGGUCCAGAUGCACAGAGGAACCGUCUCCAUGCCGGUGUUCCAGUCGCUGGAGGCCUUCUGGCCCGGCCUGCAGUCUCUCCUGGGGAACCUGGACAGCGCCGUGAGAACUUUCCAGAACUAUUACUCGGUGUGGAGGCAGUUUGGAGGUCUGCCGGAGUUUUACAGCAUCCCUCAGGGUUACACCGUGGACAAGAGAGAGGGGUACCCUCUGAGACCAGAGUUGAUCGAGAGUGCGAUGUACCUGUUCAGGGCGACGGGCGACCACACCUACCUGCAGCUGGGCCUCGACGCUCUGGAGUCCAUCGAGAAGAUCACCCGGACGCCCUGCGGAUACGCCAGCGUGAAAGAUGUGCGAGAUCACGCGCUGGACAACCGGAUGGAGUCCUUCUUCCUGGCUGAAACCAUCAAGUACCUGUACCUGCUCUUUGACCCCGCCCACUUCCUGCACGGUGGGGGGGCAGAGGGCGACGGGUCGUGGGAGGCGGGCGGCGAGGACGGCCAGUGUGUUUUAGGGGCGGGGGGGUUCAUCUUCAACACGGAGGCUCACCCUCUGGACCCGGCCGCGCUGCACUGCUGCAGCCAGCACGCCGCCGAGCGCCGCGCGCUCGCAGACAUCCUGCUGCACCACACGCAGGAAACACAGACACAUGGACCGCCCCCUGGCCAAUCACAGACACAGGACCCGCCUCCUGACAAAUCACAGACACAGGGCCCGCCCCCCGGCCAAUCACAGACACAGGACCCGCCCCCUGGCCUAUCGCAGCCACAGGGCCCUUCCCCCGGCCAAUCACAGACACAGGACCCGCCCCCUGGCCUAUCGCAGCCACAGGGCCCUUCCCCCGGCCAAUCGCAGGCACAGGGCCCGUCCCCUGGCCAAUCACAGACACAGGACCUGCCCCCUGGCCAAUCACAGACACAGGACCCACCCCCCAGCCUAUCGCAGCCACAGGGCCCGACCCCCGGCCAAUCGCAGACACAGGACCUGCCCCCUGGCCAAUCACAGACACAGGACCCACCCCCCAGCCAGUCGCAGACACAGGGCCCGCCCCCCAGCCAAUCAGAAAGCAUUGCUCUGAAGCCCGGCGAGAAGAAGACGGCGCCGGCACUGUCCUGUCCCGUUCAGCCGUUCAGCGCUCGGUUCGCCGUUCUCGGACAAGUUUUCACGGACAACACGUGACGCUGCUGCGGUUCCAGACCAGUUUACAGACGAGAAGCAGAAACUAAAACGGGAUCUGCACCUUGUUGUUUCUUUAGUUUUCAGCAGAAUCUGCAGAAUUUAGAGUGUUUUUGAGCUCAGGGUGGAGACGUUUUAACAUUAAAAAAAUCUGUGUCGCUGACUCAGCGCUGAACUCUCCAGCUGACGGUCAGCUGAUCGUCAGCUGGUCAGGUGAUCAGCUUUCUCACCUUUCUUUUUACAACAUGUCAACUUUUGACAUUUUUUCCCGCUUUCGGCGCUUUCAAUAUUUUUUUUUUUACAUUUUUGGCCUUUUUUAUCAAUGCUUUCUUUUCUGCUUUUGACAGUUUAUUUGUCUCCAGGCCAGGAAACUUUGCGGUUUGGGAAAGCUUUCAGGGAACAAACUGAACUUGUGACGAGUUCUGAGGAUCUGAUGUCUGAGUGAAGAGCUGCAGCUGUGACGGAUAUUUAUCAAUUUAAACGUUGAUUAAUUUUACCGUCCUGGGACGUACGGCGCAGAGAGCUACAGACAGCUUUAACACUCGCCACGCGCCAAAUACACGAACAUUUACUACUAAAGAGAGGAAGUUUGUGUCACUUUUUUUCAACAUUUUUGUUGCUUUUUUCAGCGUUUGAGAUGUUGCUGCGUGUGUUAAAUGAGCAGACUGUAAUUAGUCGGAUUAGAAGGAUUUAAUGAUUGAAAUCAGAUUAUUUUAUCACCAAUUUAUCUAUUUAAUUUAACUAUUUUUUCCUAAAGAUUUUGCUCUGAUUUCCUCUUUCAGUUGCAUUCAACAAAAUAAAAA